ACACAAAACAAUCAAAUCAUUUCAAGUUUUCAAGAGCAAUUUGAGAUAAUUUUUGAUAAAAAAAAUUGACACAAUAGUGUGUCAAAAGUAUUGUAAUUGUGCUCGUGUCUAAUAACUAACUAAAAAAUGUUAAAACUAAUCCCAGUGGUACCAAUUUUCCUUCACCUUUUGUCUCAAAUAGACUGUCUCGAUAACGGGUUGGCCUUGACCCCCCCGAUGGGGUGGAUGCACUGGGAGCGCUUCCGGUGCAUCACCGACUGCGCCACCUACCCCACCGACUGCAUCAGUGAGCGACUUUUCCGCGACAUGGCGGACAAAAUGGCGUCUGAUGGGUUUUUGGACGCCGGCUACGAGUACGUCAUCGUCGACGACUGCUGGUUGGCCAUGGAAAGGGACUCCGAGGGCCGACUCCAGCCCGAUCCUGGGCGUUUUCCCUCGGGAAUCAAGGCCCUCGCCGACUAUGUCCACGCCAAAGGGCUCAAAUUCGGGAUUUACGAGGACUACGGGACCAAGACCUGCGGGGGAUACCCCGGAAGCAUCGACCAUUUGGCGCUCGACGCCCAAACUUUCGCCGAUUGGGGCGUCGAUUAUCUCAAACUCGAUGGUUGUUACGCCGAUUUGGACGGAAUGGAGGACGGAUACGCCGAAAUGGAGGCCUAUUUGAACCAAACCCGACGCCCCAUUGUCUUCUCCUGCAGUUUUCCCGCCUACAAAGGCCUCAACGCGAAUUAUAGCGCGGCGGUCGAACACUGUAAUCUGUGGCGUAACUAUGGCGACAUUCAAGACUCAUGGGACAGUGUUGCCAAAAUCACGGAUUGGUUCAGUUUGAAUCAAGUCGCCUUGUUGCCAUAUGCGGGCCCCGGCCAUUGGAACGACCCAGACAUGUUGAUUAUCGGCAAUUAUGGGCUGAGUUAUGACCAAAGUGUGGCCCAAAUGGCCAUAUGGAGUGUCAUGGCGGCCCCCUUGAUCAUGUCAGUGGAUUUGCGAACCAUCAAGCCGGAAUUUAGGGAUAUUUUGCUAAACAAGGACGCGAUUCGCAUCAAUCAGGACGUUUUGGGGAAUCCCGGAGUUGUGAAACACGAAAAAGACAGUAUUAGGCUUUGGGUUAAGGAGCUUGUUGACGAUUCGUACGCUAUUGGAAUCGCCAGUUAUCGAGUCGAUGGCAAACCUUAUCAACUUGAAAUUGUUUUGAAAGAUUUGGGUUUGGAUAAUGAGAAGGGUUUUUUGAUAAAAAAUGUUUUUGAUGAUGUUGACCCAAUCUCGGUUUCGGUCAGUGAACCGAUCAAAGUUUUGGUUAAUCCCACAGGAGGAGUCCUAUGGGAACUUACCCCACUAGCAAAAAAAAAAGUGAAAUAAAUGUUGUUAAUUUUGUGUUAAAUAAAAAAUAA